ACACUGCUGCUCCGGGGGGCUGACCUGGCGGGGAGUGGCCGCGAAGUGCGCUCUGGCGCGGCUUUGUGCGUGCGGUCGCUGCCCCCUCUGCUCCAGGGUCUGCCCCCCGGGACACCCACUGACCCACGGCCAGCCAUGCCAUGCUACCUGCCUGUCCUCGGUGGAACUUUGGGGAGCAGCCGCCCACCCCGGGGGCUCGGGCCCUGACUGCAGCGGAAGAUCAACAACUUGUGUAAGCGAGCUUGGCCAUACAUCCAGAUUCUCCUCAGAAGUGAGACUUUCCAAAGGACCAAUGACUCUGUUUCUUGUGCCCUUUUAUUUCUUCCUGCUCUGUAGCUAUGUCUCGAUCCCGCCAUGCAAGGCCUUCCAGAUUAGUCAGGAAGGAGGAUCUAAACAAAAAGAAAAACAGCCAAGGGGAGAAGACAUCCAAGCCAGCCAACAAGAAUGUAGCAUCAGUGAAGAUUGUGAGCCAUGGAAAGUUAAAGCAAUUAAUUCAAGAUCGAAAUGUUAAGAAAAAAACUGAACUCAAAUCACGUGUGCCAGUCAGAAGCCUUCUGACCAGAUCUGGGGCAGCCCGCUUGAAUUCUGAGAGGACUGAGGUUCUUUUUCAGAACCCAGAGUCCUUAACUUGCAAUGGGUUUACAAUGGCUCUCCGAAGCACCUCCCUUAGCAGGCGACUCUCCCAACCCCCAGUGGUUAUUAGCAAACCUAAAAAAGUCCCACCUUCAAAGAAUUCAGGAAAACAGAAUGAGUGUGAUUAUAAGGUACCCAGUGACACGCAAGUAAUGCACUCAGAAAACAAUCCAGUCCCAAACCAAGAUCCUCUACUGGUUCCUGCUGUAGGAAAUCUAGUUGGUAUACAAAAUGAAUGUCUAAUUAAAGGCAAGAACCAAGAAAGCCAAGAAGCAACCCAGUCUUGGUCUCAAACAGUAGAAGAUUCCCAAAUCAAUCUCCCUAUGAAUAGUAGGCCUGCAGCAGAGAUCCCUUCUGAGUCCUUGGAAGGAAUGCACAAUGGUGACAAACUCUUCUCUGAACAGACAUCAAGUGAUGUGAGCCAUCCCCCUAGAACGUUUGCCCUGGAGACUUUGUGUGCUCCUUUGCCCCAAAGAACCAUUCCUGAAAUGACCCAUCAAAGAGCCCCUAACGUUCAGGUAGAAGACUUGGGUUCACAAGUAGAAUCUCUUAAGCUGUCUGAUUCUUACCUGGAUCCCACGAAAAGUGCAUCUAUUCACUCUCCCACCUCGAAUUUCAGUAAAAUUACACCUGGAAUGGACCUUAGAAACUGCUUAUCUUUUGAUGGGUCUCUGUAUCCUGCUGCUCUAAUAAAAUUCCUCUUGGCAGGCUCAGAGCCAGAAGUCAUUGGUGCUAAACCAGAUCAUCAGGAGGUCUUCAAAGCUACCCCAGAUCAACAGGAAGUUCCUGAUUCUACUCCUGUCCUAGGACAGACCUUUAGUGCUCUCCCACAAUGGGUAUUUCCUGGUGCUAACCAAGUGCACAGUGAGGCCCUGGGUUUGGUCCCAGGCCCACCAGAGAUUCCUGGUGCUGUUUCAGUCCAAGGAGAAAUCUUUGGUACUAUGCUCAACCAACAAGAGCCCCUUGAUAUGAGUGUGAAUGCUGCACCAGGCCUGCCUACCUUCCUUCCUAUUCCUAUAAAUACCAUUGCUACCUACAAUGUUCCCCCAAACUGGCCUGAGUCCCAGGGCACUGUCUUAUAUGGACUUGAUGUCCAGGGUGCUAUGCCGAUUUUGUCUUUGGACUCAGGGCACACUCCUCAAUCAUCAAAUUCAGAGCCAAGUUCUAUACCUCCAGUCAUAGCUGCAAGCAAUGUAGAAAAUGAGAAGCAGGUUGCUGUAAGCCUUCUUCCAGCUAACACUCAGGGGUUCACCUUCACCCCUGCGAGUGGACUCUACCAUUCAUCUAUGGGUGUAAGCCAACUCUCUCAGACUGGUCUGAGCAUAUUGGAAAAAGGGACUUCCCAGGCCAGCGUGACCAGCUCAGAUGAUGUCCCCACCACAAGCGUGUCUGUGUCAGUAUCUCUUGUCAAUACCUCAUCUUCUUCCUGUACAACUUUACCACCAACCUCGGAGAAAAAGAAACGAAAGCCAUGUGGAGUCUGUGGGCCCUGCCAGCAGAAGACCAACUGUGGGGAAUGUACUUACUGCAUGAACAGAAAGAAUAGCCAUCAGAUCUGUAAGAAAAGGAAAUGUGAGGUGCUGAAAAAGAAACCAUCAGCCCAUGUACCUUUGGAGGUUAUAAAAGAAAACAAGAGGUCCCAGAGGGAAAAGAAGCCCAAAGUUUUAAAGGCAGAGCUUGACAAGAAACUAGUAAAUGGCCCCGAGUCAGAAUCCAUGGAAAACAGCAAAUGUGGUCAUGGGGAAGAACAAAGAUUGGAUUUGAAUGAAGCUUCCCCUGAAAAUGUAACUAAAAAUGAAGAAAGUAUGACAGGUAUUGAGGUGGAGAAAUGGACGCAAAACAAGAAGUCACAUUUAACUGAGCAGGUCAAAGGAGAUUUUAGUUCCCCUAUAAAAGAAGCGGAAAACUCAAGAAACUCUAAAGAUGACCAGAAACCAACCGAAUCUUCCAAAUUAUUUGCACACACCGUAAGAAACGGCAUUGAAAAUGUACACUAUUUCCCAGCUGAGACAGAUGUGUCAUUUAACAAAUUUAACAUUGAAGAAUUGGGCAAGGCAUUGGAAAACCAUUCCUUCAAAUUCAUGAAAGACACUGCCAGCCAUAACAAUGCCAUAGGCCCUAUUGCUUCUGGUGCAAGUGACGAUCAUCUCAAGAAUAAUCAAGUGCUAAUCUUACAGAAACCUGGCUUGAACAACAAAUUGGGAGAUUCUGCAAACUUAAAUAUUGACACUACAUCAGUGAGUGAAGUUGAACAACCCCAAACACCCGAGAUUAUACCACAUAAAGAACCAAAAGAUGGAUCUCCAGUUCAACCAAGUCUUCUAUCCCUAAUAAAAGAUAGGAGAUUAACAUUGGAGCAAGUGGUAGCUAUAGAGGCCCUCACUCAACUCUCAGAAGCCCCAUCCGAGAAUUCCUCACCGUCGAAGUCUGAAAAGGAUGAAAGAACAGAUAAGAGAACAGCUAGCUUGCUGAAUAGUUGUAAAAUCAUUUUAAGUUCUGUAAGAAAAGACCACCCAGUCCCUAUUACUCAAGAAGGGACACAAAGCACCCAUCACAGUUUAUCUUUGGAAAAGAGUUCAGGCAACACUGUGGUAUACAAUGGCCACAGUACCCUAUACAAGUCACAUGUAAAUUCAACUACUUAUGAAGUAUUCAGAAAGCCACAGGAACAUCCCAAAAUCAAAAAUGCUGUAUCUUUUUUAACACCCAAAUCAAAUUCAUCCCAAACUGAUACCAAUAAAAAUGUUGGAGGAAGAGCUACCCUUGAAGAUGGUUCUAAUACUCUGCCUCAGUUGCCACAAGUUAGUAAGUGGGGACAUUACAACCUGUUAUUGAAUAGUAGCAAAAAUUUGAAUACAUACAACCCAUCAUGUCAGAAUGUAUCCCAUAGCCAAAUUGAGGAAGAUGUGGCGACACAGUUAACACAACUGGCCUCAAUCAUUAAAUACAAUUAUGUAAAUCCAGAGGACAAGAAUAUUGAAACUGUACCAACGAACAUUGUUACAUGUAAAUUACAGGAGAAAGAGAUGAAAGAAGAGAAACCAACUUUAAGUGUACAAAAUAAUAAUGGUUUAUCAUCUCUAAAGCCAAAGAGCACAACUCAGAAGAAAGCAAAGUCUACUCAAUCAAGAAAGCGAAAGGAAAAGCCCACAGUCCUCAGCUCUCAAGAAAAUGGCCAAAAGGAUGAGGAACCGGUAGGAAAUAACUAUAGGGAGUUUCAUGAUAUUUGGGUGGCAUCCAAAUUUCAAAGAUUUGGACAGUUUGGUCCACAUGAUUUUCCUCUUUUGGGAAAUACUCUUGCCAAAGAAUGGAAACCACUGACUCAAAUUGGUUCAGUCCGAAAACGUAAUUUGUUUCUUCCACUUUCACAGAUUAAAUUCAAGAGAUACCGUCAAGUAAGCCAGGAAGAAAUGAAGAUUGAACCAUUGGAUUCAUUCCCAAAUCAUAUCCACACAGAGUCCAAGGGGCAAGCAUUUACAGACAAAGUUAGUAAUUCUCAGGUACAGUCAAUGGUGAAUGUCAAUCAGAAAAUUCUUCCUUGGUCCCCUUCCCCCUCUCCGUCUAUCCAGUGUGUGGAUGUGAUGGCUGGUGAUAAGAAAACACAGUUCCAAUAUGGUGGUACUCAAGAUCCUCUGGAGAAUCAGAGACUGCCCACAUCACCUAGUGAGAUACUCUUAGCAGACCCAGCACCAGUUCUCAGGAAUGUGAAUGUAGUAAGUUCAAGUGUAGUUAGUGGUAAGAACAAAGAGGAGGUCCAUUCAUCAAGUGUGGGAGCUGCAGACUCUGCCACAGUCCCCAGGAAUAAACAUAAAAGAAACAUGGGGCCUCCAAUCAAAGACGAAGGGCCAGAUUGCAACUGUCAAGGGAAACAAAAGGACAAAGGGCCAUAUUACACACAUCUGGGGGCAGGACCUGAUGUUGCUGCUAUCAGGACACUCAUGGAGACUAGGUAUGGCCGACAAGGAAAGGCAAUAAGGCUAGAAAAAGUAGUGUACACAGGCAAAGAAGGAAAGAGUUCUCAGGGGUGUCCAGUCGCUAAGUGGGUUAUAAGAAGAAGCAGUAAGGAAGAAAAAGUUCUUUGUUUGGUCCGGGAGCGCCCAGGCCACUAUUGUCAAACAGCAGUGACAGUGGUGGUCAUCAUGCUAUGGGAAGACGUCCCUUGGCGGGUAGCUGACAAUUUGUACACGGAGAUUACUCGCAGUCUAAUGUCGUACAAUGGUCACCCGACAGACCGACGAUGUACCCUCAACGAAAAUCGUACUUGUACAUGCCAAGGACUUAAUCCAAGAACCUGCGGAGCCUCAUUCUCUUUUGGCUGUUCGUGGAGCAUGUUUUUAAAUGGCUGUAAAUUUGGUAGAAGCCUUGGACCCCAAAAAUUUAAAAUUGGUCGCAACUCUCUCACACAUACUUAUUAUCGAAGAAUAAAAGGAAGUAACGUAAAAAGAAGUAAGAAACCUGUACGAAGUAAGAAACCAGUACGAAUCAGUCCAGAACACCUGGCCAUGGAGAAAAUACUUGAAGAUAAUUUACAGGAUUUGGCUACAUUAUUAGCUCCGGUUUAUGAAAAAUUUGCUCCGGAGGCUUACCAAAAUCAGGUGGCAUUUGAAGAUGUUGCAGGAGAUUGUCGUCUUGGUACAAAGAAAGGUCGUCCUUUCUCUGGGGUUACUUGCUGCCUAGACUUCUGUGCCCAUUCUCACAGGGACAUUCACAACAUGCUUAACGGAAGCACUGUGGUCUGUACAUUACUCGGAGAGAAAAACCGUGCGCCAGAGGGUAUUCCUGAGGAUGAGCAGUUCCAUGUCCUCCCCCUGUACAAACUGGCCGAUACUGAUGAAUUUGGUUCCCAGGAGGGGAUAGACGCCAAGAUCAAGUCUGGAGCCAUCCAAGUCCUAAAGCCCUCCCUCACAAAAAGAACCCGAUUCGUUAAUCCUGUGCCUCGAUGUGGAAAAAAGAAGUCAAGGGCCUCCGCGGAGAUCCUGGAGGAGGUGCCGGAGGAGAAACCCCUGAAGAAAAGAGCACGAGAAAUCCACAGUAAGGGUCCAGCUGAGCAGCUAACUUCUAGUCAACCCAACCAGCUGCUGCCAUUAGUCACUUCCCGUCCUGUAGUGGAAGAUGAGCUGCAUUCUGAACCAGAUGAGUCUCUCCUAUCUGAAGACCUGUCAUCUGAUGAAGAGAACCUGCCCGACAUCGAGGAGUAUUGGUCAGACAAUGAGCCCAUCUUCUUGGAUCCCAAUAUUGGGGGUGUGGCAAUAGCACCCACACAUGGCUCCAUUUUGAUUGAGUGUGCACGGCGAGAGCUUCAUGCCACCACUGCUUUAAUCCACCCCAACCGACUUUUACCUUGUCGUCUUUCCCUUGUAUAUUACCAGCACAAAAAUCUGAAUUUGCCAUUACAUGGUUAUGAACACAACAAGAUGAAGUUUGAGGCUAAAGAACUUAAGAAUAAGAGAAUGAAGAUUUCUCAUCCAAUUGACCUGGCAGCUAACUGUAUUGAACAGUCCCCUGAAGUUGGAGUAAAUGAAUUGAGCCUAAUUCCUUCUCAUAAAACGAUAACGUUGACCCAUGACAACAUUGUCACCGUGUCCCCUUAUGCUAUCACACAUGUGGCCGGGCCCUAUAACCGGUGGGUCUGAAGGUGUCCCUCCCUCCCCCUUUUAAAUAAUGCCUUUGCUAGUGCAGUGUAUUUUUUCAAGGUGCUGUUUAAAGAAAGUUAUGUUGUGGUUUACUUCAUCUCCCCCAUUUCAAGUCUGAGGUAAAAAUUUUAAGAAUGGGGUGGGUAUUUAACUGUGACUAUAUUUUGAAAAUUAGUAGAAGGUGCACAUUUUAAGUAAAAAUAAAAUUUUUAUAGUUUUAAGUACAUUCAGAAAUGUUUUGGUUAGGUGUUAACCUUGAUAGAGUUACUCAGUUUGGUGCUUUAAAUUAAGUCUGUUUACUAUGAAACAAGUCAUUUUUAGAGGAUUUUAACAGGUUCUUGUUCUGUGAUGUAAAAUCAAGACACAGUGUUAACUCUACACAGCCUCUGGUGCUUACCCACAUCAACACAGUUAAAAAUAAGCUGAAUUAUUAUUUCAUGGUGCCAUUUGUUCUGACAUCUUCCAAUCAUUGCUAGAAAACUGGCAUGCUCCUUUAAAGAAACCAAUGAAAAGCUUUCUUUCCUAAACUUUUUUUCCUGCAUAAGAUUAUUUGUUAUUGUUAGUAAUGGUUGGAGGCUGUUCAUAAUCUGUAAAUAUAUAAAUAUAUAUUUUAAAAGCACUUUCUAUUUUUAAAAGUAACUUGAAAUAGUAUAGAAGAAUCCUAUUGUUUAUUGUUUGUGCAUAUUUGCAUACAAAACAAAUCAUUUAUUGCUGUGUAGAGUUCCAUGUUGUUGGCUGUCAUAUAUAUUGAAAGCAUAUAUGUGGUUUAUGUUCUUUGAAUGUGUUCUUUCACGUUACAUAUUAGCUACUUAUAUAAAAUAGUCAAUCUCAAAAUUGGAAUUAGAUAUCACCAAUAUUGAUGAGUGUUGGGAUACUAAAAAAGUGGUAUCUUCUGAUUUAUUGAGGAAUAGUGUCCCCAAUAAAUUAUUUCAUCCCAGCCUUUUCAGUGUAUCCCAUGAAAGAUGUUUCCAGAAGGAGUUAAGACAAAAUGGAAUUCAGAAGAGUCAAAUGCUUCUACUGUUUCAAGUUGAAUAAAUGAUACAAAGGAGGCAGAAACCUACCUAUUCCAAUUUGUCUCAUUUCUUCAGAACUCAUUCUGAGGAAAAAAAACACCUUAAAAACACAUGUUCCCUAGACAAAUGAUAGGAGUGCUGUUAGCUAGUUGCUAUUGGGUUUGUCCAUGAAGAACUAAUGUACUCAUUAACCUUAGCUUAUUGCAUUUGGGGAAAUGGUAAAUCAAUUGCCAAUGUUCUAGGUAACAGGAAAAAUAGACAUUCCCAUUGGUUUAUUGAAAAACAAAAAAGAAUGGCCCAAACAAUCUUUAGCAUAAAAAGAACUUUCCAUGAAAUACUUGAUUCUGUUAAAAUGCAGAGGUGCUAUAACACAAACUAUUAGAAUCUCUGGAGUAUAGAAAAACCUAAUGGUGCUCUCCUUUGGAAAUGCCAUAGGAAGCCCCCAACUGCUAACUCAUCCUUUUGGUGCAAAAGCAAAUAGCUCCAACAAGCUCUCUAAAGAAAAAUUCAUUGUAACUUAUUAAAUAAUAUAUGGUGCAAAAUAUAGAUUUAAAGCUUUUGACAAAAAUUCAAGUAAAGGAAUAUGAAGGGAUUGUAAAUAAUAAAAUAUCCAUUGAUAGACCAUCUUAUACAAGUAGAAUUCUGCUUCUUGAAUGUGUAAAAUGGGUUGUUGGUUGUUUUAGGAUUUUGUGUGCCUUAGAUUUCCAUUUAAAAACGUAUAUUUUUUGAGCUUAUGCUUUCUUAUGUAAGUAUAUGAGUGAUUGUUCAGCUGCUUCAACAAGAUAUUUACUGGUAUUAGACAUCAGGAAUUCACCCUUUUAGAUUUUUAGGCAUUUAGCUCCCACUGGAAAUUGUUUCCUCACCAGAUUUAAUGGAUGAAAUCUCCACCAUGGCCCUGUCCCUCCCAGCUUUCCAUUCUUCCAGUGCAUACUUACUGAAUGCCUGUGCAAUUGAAUUGUUGAUUUUGUCAUCCCCUGAAUUACUAUCUGUAUCAUAGUAAAUUUUAAAUUUUAAAUCCUAAUCAAUUCCUUUGAGGUAUACACAUUUUUUUUCAGAAAUAGCAAAUUAUCGUGAUCAUAGAUGUACAGUAAAUUCAAAUUUGUUUCUAACUUUAACUUUCUUAAUGGCUAAACAUUAUACACCAGUAUUGAUUAAUGGUACCAUUAGAAUUUGUGAAGCUAGUUUUCCAAGUAUGGGAAAGUGCUAGUUUCAAGUAAAAUGUUUUCAUUACAUUUCUGUAAUUAAAGUGAUGAAUGGAUUGCCUCAAUCAAUAAUCUAGCUUUGGGAAACACACACUUCCUACUUUAGAGGGAUUUUAGCAGUUUACCGUCCCAUUCAUUCUUUGCCCUGUGAUUUUUUUUUUUCAAUGUCCUGUAGGAUUUGUGAUUGUAUGCUGGCUACACUGCUUUAAAAAUGCUGUUUCUCAUGAAGCAAGAAAAUAAAUUGGUUUGAAAUGACAUUUUCACCCAU